ACCAAUGCUUCAGAGUAAAAAGUUAAAUCCAAAUAUGGCAUUGUUCAAUCAAGUUUUGAUCUUUACAUAUAUAGAUGAUGAAUGAGUAAGUGGGCCACAUUCCCAAUUUACGAUUUUUUUUUUCUUUUUGUUUUAGCUUUGCUUCCAUGCAAGGAUUUCUGCACCUUACCAAUAUAGAAUAAAAACCUUUGAGAGAGAAUUAACUCAUUUGUUUAGUAAAAAUGAAAACUUUGAGAGAAAAAUAGAGAGUAUUAUUAGUCCAAGAAAUCCAUAUACUGACUUUGUAGUCGGUUUUUUCUUUUUAUGUGUCUAUUAAAAUUCAUUACAUUGUGAAAACAAGGGGCACUAUAACCAUUUCUCUUCAGUUAUAGAGACCUGUUGGUUGAAGAUUCCAAGUACUGAGUUAGUGAGUGAGAGAGAAUCAACCACUUUGAGCAGGUUAUUUGGGGACCCAGAUCUUGUUAAAGCCGAAAAUGGUUUAUUCUCCAAUCACUUAACAAAGAAGAAGUUGGUCAAUCAGUACUAUUCUACGAUGGAAAAAGAUCAAGAACAGAAGCAUGUAUGCAAAUUCUGUAACAAGAGUUUCUUGAAUGGAAAGGUCUUGGGAGGUCAUAUGAGGUGUCAUGGAGCUAAAAAUUCAACGAAGACGGAGAAGAAGCUUAAUAACAUUGUACACACAAACAUGGAAGGUGGUGAGCGCGUUGGCUAUGGCUUAAGAGUCAACCCCAAAAAGUCUUGCAAAAUUUCAGGUGGGUCGACCCAAGAAACUUCAGAGCAAGAAAUCAUCUGCCAUGUUUGUGAUAAAGGGUUCGAUUCUUUGAGAGCUUUGUUUGGUCACAUGAGGCAUCACUCGGGUAAUAAGAGAAGGAAAAUGGUUUCGUGCAAAGAAUGUGGGAAAGAGUUUGAGUCAUUGAGGGCUGUCACUGGUCACAUGAAGAGUCACUCAGAAAGGUUUAGGGUCCCCAUUGAAUCGAGUGAGAAGCUUUUUGGGGAUAGUCAACAUAGUGGUGGUGGAACUUCUGGCUUGGUUAAGAAAAAAAGAUCAAGAAGAUCGAGGUAUAAUAAUAACAAUAAUACUGCUGCUGCUAAUAAUAAUAAUAAGAUCACUCCAAAUUCUUCUGUUUCUAAUUUGAGUGAAUGUUCUUAUUAUGAUAAUGAGUAUGAUCAACAAGAAGUAGAAGAGGUUGCUGUUAGCUUGUUGAUGCUGUCUAAAGGGGUUAGGAAUUGGGAUGGAUUUACUUCACUUACUGAGUCUUCUGAUAACAUUUCUUCAGCUCUUGAAGUUAAGUCUCCUAACACAAGUAAGCGAAUUCUGAACAAUGGUACCCUCAAGAAAAUGAAAAAGCCAAGGUUGGAAAAGACUCAGUUUUGCUUUGCAAAUUACAGCAAUUAUUUCCUUGAUGACAAGAAAGUGUCUGGCUUUACUGAACUCAAUUUUGGGUCUGCAAGUAGUGAUGAUAAAGUAGUGAACUUUGAUGAUCAAUCUGCAUUAGCUCUGGUUGAUACUGCUGAGAUUGAGAAAGACAGUAAUGUCAUCUCCAUUGAAAUGGAACUGGAAGAAGAACAAGAUGAUGAUGAUGAUGAUGAUGAUGAAGUGGGAGUGGAUCUAGCUACUGGUUUUGGAUCACUGAAGCCUUCUUGUUUGAGUGAGAAAAAAACCAAGUUUGAUUACUCCAAUUCUGGGUCUGAAAUGUUGGAAAAUUCUCCUAAGAAAAAUGGCUGCUACAAGUGCAGGACCUGCAACAAGAUUUUCUACUCUCACCAAGCACUUGGGGGCCACCAAACUAUUCACAGAACACCCAAAAACUGUUCAACAUUGCAGAUUUACAGUCGCCAAACUGUCACUCAGUUUGAAGAUUUUCCUGGAAUUGAAGCUAUUGGCAACUCUACCAAAACUGAUUUCAAUGAGGUGUCAUUGGAUUUGGUGCUGGAGGUGGAUAAUAAUAGAGUAAGUACCAUGACAAGUUUUGAGAUUAAGGAACACAAAUGUCCCAUUUGUUUUAAGAUAUUUGGUUCAGGCCAAGCUUUGGGGGGCCAUAAGAGAGCUCAUAUUGUUAAAGAUACUGAAAGUGGACCAGAACCGAUCAAUAUACUGAAGCAUCAUUCCAUUUGUGGUGUCUCAGAUGUACUUGAUGGUGUUCCAAUGACACCUGGGAAUGAGGCCAAUACUGAGGUUGACCUCAAAUCAUGGUGGCUCAAAAACGGCCAAAAGCAUGAAUUGCUGGUAGGUUUAAUACCCAACUGAGUAUUAGUCAUUCUUUCUACAGUUCCUUUGGAGUUUUUGUUUUUAACUGAAUUCUUUUUUUGUUUUUUUGCUGGUUUGGGGAUAUAUUCAUACAGAAAGAAAGCAAAAGCAAAAAAAAAAAAAAAAAAAGCUUUCAUUUUUGUGAUUAUUGCUUGUAAAUGUCAGUACAGCAAUUCUUUUUCUUUUUUAACCUCUUGCAGUGAUAGUUUGAACAAUUUUUUCACCUGGGAAAAUCUCAAAAUUGAUUUUUGUA